AUGGACGCCGUGUCCUCGUCCCCGGCGCCGCUGCGCUUCGUGAUCUUCCCAUGGCUCGGAUUCGGCCACCUGCUCCAGUACCUCGAGCUCGCCGAGCGGCUGGCGCUUCGGGGCCACCGCGUGUCCUUCGUCUCCACGCCGGGCAACAUCGCCCGCCUCCCGGCGCUGCGACCCGCCGCGGCGCCGCGCGUCGAUCUCGUGGCGCUCCCGCUCCCGCGCGUCGACGGCCUCCCCGACGGCGCCGAGUCCACUAACAGCGUCCCUCACGACAAGUUUGAGCUCCUGUUCAAGGCCUUCGACGGCCUCGCCGCGCCCUUCGCCGAGUUCUUGGGCGCGUCCUGCGCCGACGAGGGCAGGAGGCCUGACUGGGUCAUCGUCGACUGCUUCCACUACUGGGCCGCCGGCGCCGCCGUCGACAACAAGGUGCCAUGCGCGAUGCUGCUCCCGAGCGCCGCGUCUAUGGCCGCGGGCAGGGAACGGCAGUCCUCGCGCGCCAAGCCGGCCGCUGCAGAGGAACCACCGGCGGUGGCUGCACCCCGUUACGAGUUGGAGCAGCAGCAGAAGCAAUAUUUCGUCAAGGAUGGCGCGUCCGGUAUGUCCGUCGCCGAGCGCUACUACUUGACGCAUGAGAGGUGCACGGUCAUGGCCAUCCGAAGCAGCCUCGAGUGGGAGCCCGAGUUCCUCCCGCUGGUGACGCCGCUCGUCGGCAAGCCGGUCGUCCCCCUCGGCCUGUUUCCGCCGUCACACGACGAAGGGCGUGGCGCCAACGCGAACGGGGACCACGCCGCCAUGCGGUGGCUGGACGCGCAGCCGCCGAGCUCGGUCGUGUACGUGGCGCUGGGGAGCGAGGUGCCGCUGCGCGUGGACCAGGUGCACGAGCUGGCGCUGGGGCUGGAGCUCGCCGGGACGCGCUUCCUCUGGGCUCUGAGGAAUCCCGGCGGCGUCCCCGACGCGGACAUCCUUCCGGCCGGGUUCCAAGAGCGCACCGGCGGCCGUGGGCUGGUGACCACGGGGUGGGUUCCUCAGCCCAGCGUACUGGCGCACGGCGCCGUGGGCGGGUUCUUGACGCACUGCGGGUGGAACUCGCUCAUCGAAGGGCUCUUGUAUGGCCGUCCUCUCGUCAUGCUACCCAUCUUCGGGGACCAAGGACCGAACGCGCGGCUCAUGGAGGGGAAGAAGGUGGGGUUGCAGGUGCCCAGGGAUGAGCACGACGGGUCGUUCGACCGCCAUGGCGUCGCCAGCGCUGUCCGUGCCGUCAUGCUAGAGGAGGAAACCAGGGGUGUCUUUGUGGCAAAUGCCCUCAAGGUGCAAGAGAUAGUAGCUGAUAAUGAACUUCAGGAGAGGUACGUGGACGAAUUUAUACAGCAACUAAGAUCGUACGGCGUACGCCACUGUUCUGCCCCUGCCUCCAGCUGA